GCCUCCGCCCAACAACCCCUGUCGCGAACUGUGUUUGGUGUUUAUGUAGGUCCGUCCACAAGACGCCACGAGAAUUGGUCGCGACCGCGCUUUCAGCCGCAGGUGACAUUUGAGUCCCCGAGCCCGACGCCCGGAGGACAAGCUAUGAACGUGCCGGUCUCCCGAGCUGUCCGGAAUCGCGAUCGCUUGUGGCGGCCUGAGCCGACGUUUCUAGCCCCGGGAUGACGCCGAGCCCCGAGUUUGUCCGACAGAUGGCUCCAGGCCAAGUGCUCCAUUGGUCCCCUCCCUGGAGGGAUGCUCACCUGCCAUUCUUCCUCCUGACCCCACUGAUGGGCCUUCCCAGUUGGGCCUGGGGCCGCUGCAAGGGCCUUGGGCCCCUGAAGCCCUGGCCGGUGGGACCUCCUGGGGAUCCACAUGCUACCAAGGCUUUGGAGACCACAGCCACCACAGCUAGGAAGAAUGAAGGAGAAGUAUCUGGUGGGUCCGGCCUGGACCCGAGAGCCAGCAGUCGUCGCCCAGAAAUCCCAAGCCUUUCUGAUGAGAGAGAGCCCUGCGGGGGAGCCACAGCCAGUGUCCACCAGCCUGUUCUCCUGGGCCCUGGCCCUCAGCAAAGAGCUCUGCGUGACCCCUCCGAGGAGAAGGGAUGCAAGGAAGGAGAAGUUGUCAUGGAGAAAGCAGCAAGCACAUUCUCGCCUCCCUCCCUUGGGCCAGCGAUGGCACAGGAGGGAGAUGGGGAGGCAAUCACGAUAGGCGUUGACCCACAGCCGCGUGUGGUUGUAGCUCAGAGCCCACUGCCCGAGAGCUGGCAGCCACAUUCUGCUCAGGCCGCAGCAGGAGCCGGAGACCAGGAGUCCCAGAAGGCCUGGGUGGGCCAACUGGGAGCAGACAGACAGGAAGAGGAGAAGGAAGCAAAGGAGGAUUCCGGAGCAGCCGAGAAGGAAGAAGGCCAGGGUCCCUUUUCAAUCCCCCCAAGUCCAUUAUUGAGGCCCUGGGUGUACCUCCCAGAAGACAGCACAAAGAGGGGUGCUUCAGGAACAGCAGGAGAGAAGGCAGAAGCGGAGGAUCCCUUUUCCAUCCCCCCAACCCCCUUCCUGAGGCCCUGGGUGCACCGGCCAGGAGAGGACACGGAAAACGAAGAAGAGGAGGAGGAGGAGGAGGAGGAGGAGGAGGGUCAUUGGGGAGCAGCAGAGGGAGCAGCUCAGGCUCCAGCUUCUCUCCCAGGUGCGUCCCAGAAUGUCUGUACGUUUUUCCGAGGAGAAGACACGGAUGAGGAGGAGGAAGAGGAAGAGAGUGAUACAGGAGAACCUGAGGGUCCCUCUUCUCUCCCAGGUGCCCCCUUGAGUACCCCUGUGGCCUGUUCAGGAAAAGACUCAGGAGAGGAUGGCGGUGGCAAGAAGGAUGAAGUGGAAGAGAGGGAGGAUGGGGAAUCGGGAGUCACAGCGGACUGCACUUCCCGCCCAAGCACCUUCCUGAGGAAUUGGAUGUACUGCCCAGGGGAGGAGGAGGAGGAGGAGGAGGAGGAGGAGGAAGAGGAGGAGGAGGAGGAGGAAGAAGAAGAAGAGGAGGAGGAGGAAGAGGAAGGGGCGGCAACAGCAGCAGCAGCAGCUGAUUCCAGACCAGGUGCCUCUCAGGCCACCUGGAGCCCCGCCAGGGACCAACCUGUGGAGCCUCGUCCCUUCCAAGUGGCCUUCUAUUUACCUGGGGAGAAGCCGCCACCCCCCUGGGCGCCUCCUCAGCCCCCCCUCUGGCUGUGGCUGCGACUCCACUGCACCAAGCCUUCGGCCCCGCCUCCAGAACCUCCAACACCUGGAAAGGGCAGGAAGGUACGCUUCUCAGAGAAGGUGACAGUCCACCUGCUAGCUGUCUGGGCAGGCCCUGCGCGUGCCGCCCGCCGGGGCCCGUGGGAGCAGAUGGCCCGGGACCGCAGCCGCUUCGCCCGCCGCAUUGCUCAGGCCCAGAAGGAUCUGGGGCCCUGCCUCACUGCCGUGGCCCGAGCCAGAGCCAGGGUCCGCCUCAGGAAACUCGCAGCUUCCCAUCCCACCCCGAAUGUGACCACCUCCUCCCACCCCCUCCCGGCCACACCCCUGAGCCCGGCAGUGGCCUCCCCCUGUCCCCUUCCCGUGCCCGAUUCUCCUAGCCUGGACCUCAGUGAGAGGCGUGGCUGAGAUUCAGUGAUGUGCCUGUUACUUAUUUAUUUUUUCAUUUUAUUUAAGCUCUUUGUAGACAGAAUAAAAACCUUUGACCCUCUCGA